AUGGUUGACAUUGAUUACUAUUUUUCAAACGCAGAAGAAGAUAUUGAAGAAAAUUUUGUUUAUUCUAUUUUCAGAAUGGAAGAAGUCAUUGAUUUUGUUUAUUGUGAUUCUCAAUACAUCGAUAUUUUUACUCCAAAAUCAUUUUAUAGACUUGAUCAAAAUGGAAAUGUAAAAUUUUCAUAUAAUCUUCCAAUUGACAGCAAAGUUGUAUCGGUCUUAGAAACUCCGAAAAAGUCUCUUUACAUUUUCUUCAUUUUAGGAGAUAUUUAUGAGUUUUUCAACGGAGAAUUUAAAUAUAUUCAGCUGGGAUCACAAGCAAACAACACAAUUUACCUUGAUGAAGGUGUUAUAUUCAUUAGCUCGCUCAAUGGCCCAUCAAUUUUCUUAAAAGAUUCAACAAUUUAUAAUAUGUAUUCUUCUCCAAUGAUAGAGACUCUCGCGAAGCUCCCCGAGACCAGGGAUUAUCCACCAAGGAUUAUUGCAGCAGGAGGAAUCAUUUUUGGCGUUGUUGCGCUCUUGGGAGUUUCAAUGAGGCCAAUUGCAAAAUCUUUCAUCGAAGAACCCGAUAUAAACAUUAUAUUCGGGGUUGGAGAUACCGCUUUGUGUUCUUCAUGCACAGAAACAAAAAUUUUCGGUGAAAAUAUUCCGAUAUUAAAUUUUCCAACGUUAUAUGCAGCAGAAUUGGUCAAUGGAUACAUACAAGUUACAAAUGAUUAUACAUUGAUCGUUAAUAACCGUGUUUCAGAAGAAAAUACUCAAAAUUUUGAAAAAAUUGACGGAUUAAUCAGAAAUUUCGAAAAAACAAGGAUCAAUAUCCUCAAAUCUCAAUAUGUAUUUGGCAAUAAAUACAAAGAUAUGGUUGUUUUGUAUUAUACGAAUCAUUUUGACAUUUUCCGGAUUAAUUCAAGGUUUUCUGUUGUUCUUCAGAAAGAUAUAGAUACAGAGAUAUCAUCCAUUGCAUUUUCUGACUUCAUUUUCGUUUCAACUUGGAAAAAUAAUUUGAUAAAAAUGGAUUAUUCAGGAAAUAUCCUGUCAAAACUCGAUUUACCGCGUCCGUAUGUAUCAUUACAGGUAUGUGGCCAGUUUUUGUUCUGCGGAACUCACUCAGGAAGAGUUUUUGUUUAUGAUUUUGAUUUUAAUAUCGUCAAAGAAGUUGGAAUCACCAUUUCUGCUGUUUUUCUCAUCAAAAGAGAUGAGAAUUGUUUACUCGCGACAUCAGACAGAACAAAUAUCAUCUUUGUUGAAGGAAAUAACAUAAGAUUUGUAAAAUUGAUCGAAUCUACACUUGUUGCAGCAACGUUUUAUAAAGAUUGUUUGUUGGUAUCUGAUGGAAACGUCUUAGAUCUCCUAGAAUUCAAUGAUCAGUACGAAUUGUAUCAUAUUGAGCUGAUAAACGUUCCAGGAACGGCCGUUACUGUUGCCCCUGUUGAUGGAAAUACGUAUCUUGUAUUGGAUGAUGAUAAUACAUGUGUUAUUUCCGAAUCUCGAGUUUAUGAAACAACAAUUGACCGAAAUUUCGAGUUUCCUUCCAAAGAAAUCAUAUCAUCUUUGGUCACAAAUGGGAAAUAUCACUUCGCAAGUGGUCAGAUCAUCUCAGAUGACCUUUUAUUCAACGAAAAAGGUUUAAUUUACACUUUGAGAACAGGAGACACAAAAAUUGAGGCCGUACAUAGGAUAGAAGUACCUCACGCUGCAACAGAAAUAGCUCUAAAUGGUGAUUUGGCCUAUGUAAGCGUUGGAGGUUUUAUUUACGUGUACAAAAUUGAUGAAACAGGGUUUUUGAACAAGAUUGCAGAAUACCCAUGCGAAGUAAGUGCCAUGAGACUUCGAAUUGACCACGGAAAACUCAUGGUUUUCGAUAUUUGCAAAUCAAUUAUAAUUUUUGACAUAAUUGGCGAAGAAUUGAAGCUCAAAUGUAGAGACAGAAGGUAUAAGAUAGCAAUGUCAGCCUGUUUUGUCACAGAUGAUGACAUUUUGAUGUGUGAUGGAGAUGGAUAUCUUAGAUUAUUAAAAAUCGUUGGAGAUUCGAUGCAAGAAAUUGAUAGUUUCUUUUUCGGAAUGAUCUUCAAUGAUUUAUUGCUCUGGGAUUCGAUGCCAGACAAAAUUGUCCCAAUGUUGAAAUUUGGACAAAAAGUUGUGGUCGGAGGAACAUCAAAUGGUGCAUUAUACGCUUUUCCAGUUAUAGAAGGCACCCAAUUCGAAAAACUGAAGAAAACUGAAGAUGUCUGCAUUAAUUUCUUGAAUAUUUGUGAAUUCUUCAAUCCAAGAGAAAAUUCAAGAAAAGAUAAAGUUUUCGCUGAUCUGUCGCUACUUUCGAAUGUUCUUGAAGAGUAUAAAUGUCAUAAUUUAGACGUUACUCCAUUUAUUAUAGAGUGUAUUACGAAUUUGUUUGUUUAA